AAAGCUCGCCGCUGGCCGACAGAAGUGAAUAGCAAUGGAUAGCAACAGCAGCAGCAUCAACAACAAGUAACAUUAGCUAGCGUCUUGCUCAGGAACUGUCGCAUGAAUGUAUUUGUGAAGCCAGUCUGUGCUGAGCAGAAGUGCUGAAUGUCCCUCUAGUGAACAUGACACCGAGAUGACUCACCAGUGGCUUGGACAUCUGUGACUUGACAGAAGAUGAGGCUUGCUCAGUUUGUCAGGCUUUUCAUUGCUUAUAAUGAUCACAGCUGUAGGCACAUAAACCACACUGACAUGGACGGCAGACUAUAGUGAAUCAUGUUUGUUGCUUUUUGCAUAUCACACUCACUAAAAACACUAAAUCCAUAAAAUAUAAUUUAGUUCUUUUUUAAUGUCUUUCAGUUGAUAACCAGUGCUGACAAUGUCACUGAGCGAGCAGUCUCAAAAGUGGUUUCCAACCCAUGUCCAAGCCACUGUUCUUCAAGCAACCGGUUUACAGCCUAAGGGCAAAAAUGGCACCAACGAUGCCUACACUAUCAUCCAGCUGGGCAAAGAAAAGUAUUCCACAUCUGUGGCAGAGAAGACGCUUAACCCUGUCUGGAGAGAGGAAGCCUCCUUUGAAUUGCCUGGUUUACUUUUGGAGGGAAACCCAGAAGUGUAUGAACUCUGCCUUAUCGUGAUGCAUCGCUCCUUGGUCGGGAUGGACAAGUUCCUCGGUCAGAGGUCCAUCAACCUUAAUGAAAUCUUUGAUAACAAGGAACGAAAGAAAACUGACUGGUAUUCCUUGGAGUCCAAGCCUGGGAAGAAGAGGAAAGAACGAGGCCGCAUCCAAGUGAGCAUCCAGUUCAUGAGGAACAACAUGACAGCUAGCAUGUUUGACCUCUCCAUGAAGGAGAAGCCUCGCUCGCCUUUUUCCAAGCUUAAGGACAAAAUGAAGGGUCGCAAACACGACGGCGGCUUCAGUGACACAUCGUCAGCCAUCCUGCCUCGUUCAGCUGUGUGCGACUCCGAGCCGAACCGCCAGUCCUUCGCCCCAGAACCACAACCACAGCCCGAAGCGAAGGCAAAGAGACCACUACUCGCGGGGGCCCAUAAACUCUCUGCAGCCCAUUCCAUGUCGGAUCUCAUUGGGACUCACUUUCGGCCCAAGCUGGACUCCAUGAACUCCAUAGAAGAAAGUGGCGGCCCUCACAGGCGUUCCCAGAGCGAGGUGCCCAGCUACCAGGAUGGCGAGGCACACAGUGACCCUUUCACUGAUAUCAGUGACACCCUGCCACAGAAGUAUGCCACGCUCCCACGCAACCGCAACCCAUUCGAGGGGGAGCACGGGCAGCUGUGGGACCGGGCGGAGCGGAAGGAGAAAAAGGAGAAGGUCAGCCUACUGGAACGCGUGACGGGAAAGAAGGAAGGCCGCAAGACCAGCAACGGUGGCCGGUCGGGCAGCUCUGGAGACCUGCGGUCCCCCAACCCCUUUAGUGGAGACUCGCAGGCAGACACUAACCCGUUCAUCUCUAACUACAAAGCCAGUGAUAAAAAGUCAACAAGAAAUGAAGACAUCACCUUUGGACCUAAGACGAAGGACAUCUAUGGCAAGAAAAAGGAGGUGAAAAAGGAAAGUGUGGCCGCCUACAGCAACUUGUCCUUUGAGGAAGUUGUGCAGGAACUCAUCAAGCAGAAAGAAGUGGUGAAGAAGAAGGACGCCCACAUCAGGGAGCUGGAAGACUACAUCGAUAACCUACUUGUGCGCGUCAUGGAGGAGACGCCGAGCAUUCUACGGACACCCUAUGAGCCAAAAAAGAAGGCGGGUAAACUCAGUAAAAAGUAGAGAGAAAAGAAGCAGGAUGAAAAGAUUAGCAUGCAUCAGUAUAAUGUGCUAAAAUAAGUGGGAACAAAUGGGAUUGAUCAAAGCCAAAUUUAUGAUUGAUUUAGGUUGUUUGCUUUAGAAACACUUUUAUUCAAGAUAUGUAGUUUUUAUAUACUUUUUCAAUGUUUUGGUUAUUUUAGGACACAGGUAUUUUGCCCUCUUCGUUUUGCAUUCCUAGAUUUUAAAAUUACUUUAUGAAUACUUACUGCGGUGCAUUUUUAGGUACUUAAAGGAUCAGUGUCGAUCGAUUCAUGUCAAAUCAAAUCCAUAUUUUUGAAGUUAAGGUUUAGCUACAGUACAGGCCAAAAGUUUGGACACACCUUCUCAUUCAAUGUUUUUUUUCUUUAUUUUCAUGACAAUUGACAUUGUAAAUUCAUCAAAACUAUUAAUGAACACAUGUGGAAUUAUGUACUUAACAAAAAAGUGUGAAAUAACUGAAAACAUGUCUUAUAUUCUAGUAAGCCAGGAGUUCUCAACCUUUUUGAGUCGCGACCCCCAAUUUAACAUGCAUGUUGUCUCACUGAACACAAUCUCACAGUUCAGAUCAGACAAACUCAGUUGAUACGACGAAUUUUGGACAAAUAAUGGAGCAGACAACAACUAAAACAUCUCUCUGUCUGUGCAUUUAUAUAUUUUUUGUAACAGUCAGCUUCAAGCCAGAGACUCCUUGUAAAGUAAUAACUUGCUAAUUUGGGAUUUGUCAGAAAAGACACAAAAUUACCCAAAAAAAGGACUCAAAUUGACCACAAAAUGACAAAAAAUGACCAGAAAAAGACACAAAAUAACCAAAAAGACACACAUUGACCAAAAAAAGACAAAAUCACUAAAAAAAAACCCACACAAAAUGGGCAAAAAAAGACACAAAAUGACCAGAAAAAGACAAAAAAUGACCAAAAAAUGACACAAAAUUACUGAAAAAAAACAAACACAAAAUGGGCAAAAAAGACAUUAAAUGACCAAAAAGACAAAAACAUAUUAACACUUUAACACAGUGGAGACAGAGCUGACUUCCAAAAUGAUUUGACGACCUCCAGAAAUCAUCUCGCGACCCCAAGGUUGAGAAUGGCUGUAGUAAGCAAAGGGUGGCUACUUUGAGGAAUCUAAAAUACAAGACAUGUUUUCAGUUAUUUCACACUUUUUUUGUUAAGUACAUAAUUCCAUAUGUGUUCAUUCAUAGUUUUGAUGCCUUCAGUGAGAAUCUACAAUGUAAAUAGUCAUGAAAAUAAAGAAAAACGCAUUGAAUGAGAAGGUGUGUCCAAACUUUUGGCCUGUACUGUAUAUUGUAAGCACUUGAGAGCCCACUGUUGCACAUACAGCUGCCAUCAUCUGCCCAGAAGCUCUGAAGGUGCAAAGUCUUGUUUACCAGAUGGUUGAAUCGCAGUUGUGUGCAGUUUGCUGAAAAGACGGUGAAGUAGUUGCUAAGAUGAAGCUGUAGUUACUGUUACUGUGUUUACACUGAAGCACAAGUUACAAGCUUGCCACCUUGAGUACGAAACACAUUAAUGGAGGCAGCGUUGGCUUCGUUCGGAGCCUCUUCUGUGCUGCAGAUGUGGAUGAACUCUG